CCUAAUAGAAACUUAGUUUCAAAGAUGUCACUUUGCCUUUAGUUUGUACCAGUGGUAGUAGGGGAGAAGGUUCGUUGCAAAUACUUGAUCUUGUGGGGUUUGUCUUGUUUUGCACACCAAGUUGCUUUCUGUUUUUCUCUCUCUAAAGGAAGCCCCUGUUCAGUUCAGACAUUACAGUUCUAACCACAACCAGUUUGGAUCAUAAACAGCCUAAUCAAAGAUAAUGUUCUUCUGGAUCAACAAGAAACAAAACAUGUAGAAACAAUGAUAUUUGCUAAAAACUCGUGUGCAAAGCAAAGGGAAUGUGUUCAUGGUCUCCCAGAUACAGUUCAGAUGUUCGGCCACUUGUUUUUACCCACUCCACCUGGCAGUCUUCACAAGACACACCAGACAUGGCAUGGAUUCUGCCUUGCAGAUCGAGAGGCUGAAGUCAAGAAGUGUAAAGUUCUUUAAAUCAAGCCCAAACUAUCUGACUCACAGUAGGAUGCGCAUUUUGGUCUGAAGAGGUUGAGUAUAUUUAACUCUGCCCUGUAGGUUACAUAUGAAGACAAUUGGCAAACUAUGAAGAAAACUUCCAAGAAGAACAAUAAUUUCAAAAUUCCUGGUACGGAAUUGAAUUCCUCGGAUGCUGAAAGGGGAAAAAAAGAGAGUCAAAGUAACUUUGUUGAACUUCUGCCCCUGGAAGUCACUUCUAAAAUUUUCAGCCAGCUAGACAUUCAGAGUUUAUGCAGAGCUUCCAGGACAUGCACAAGUUGGAACCAUGCAAUAAGAAACAAUGACUCCUUAUGGAAAUCCCACUGCUUGACCAUAAGAGCUGUGUGCCAAAGAGAAAUAGAUGAUGAUGUAAAAAGUGGUUAUACCUGGAGGGUAAUACUCCUAAGAAAUUACCAGAAGAGCAAAGUGAAAUAUGAGUGGCUAAGUGGCAGAUACAGCAACAUUCGUUCUCCUGUUAGCUUGCCAGAAAAGGCUAUGUGCCCCAUGGAUGCAGAUACGUGGGGGGAAAUUCUAGAUGCAGAACUGGAAAGAGAAGUUGAAAAAUUGCAAUAGUUUGAUGGCACGUGAUCAAAAUCACUCAGACUCCAAGAUAUUUUAAAAUCUGAUAAUGUCUUUCUUAGCCUUUUAAAUAUUUAACAUUUAAAAGAAAACAAAGUUGAACAUGAAGCUUUAUUUGUAUUUUGCACUCAAGUUAAAAAAUUUUUCUGGUCUUAUGCUACGGGGAAAUCAUGAAAUGUUAUUUUUAUAAGAAAUAAUAGACUGAUAGAAUGAUUUUGAAAUGUAUUGCUCCAUGUAUUUAUGUUAGAAUAUUGCAUUACUUUAAGUGAUAGAAUUUACUGUUGUU